AUUAAUCAGAUAUUUGCCUCUGAAUAGUUAAGCAAUAUACUAGCUCGGUUCAGACCUGUUACUGGUUCAACACUUAAUGGUUCAGACCUCUUCGACGAGAGAGUUCUACAAUUAUUUGAUUAAUUUUUCUAAGCUACUUGGAGUAUAUCUUCAUCUUCCAUGGACGAGUCAUUCUUCUCUUUCGCAAUUCGUUUCCCCACUUUCACUCGCGGCUUGUACAUAACGUUUCUACUCGUCGUCCCACGUAAUUAAAUAGAUCAACUCCAUGGAGUCGAAGUCACAGUCGAGAUUCAGCCUCGGCAGACAAUCGUCUCUGGCCCCGGAGAACGACGCCGGCGGCCGCGGCUUGGAUCCAGUUGACUAUGACGAAGUUGAAGCAGGGAUUGAUUCGGGGAUAAGGUUGAUGUAUUCCGCUAACGAGGGGGAUCUAGAGGGAAUUAAAGAGCUUUUGGAAUCCGGCACCGGCGCGAAUUUCCAUGAUAUUGAUGGACGGACUGCGUUGCACGUGGCCGCCUGCCAGGGCCGCAAGGAUGUGGUGGAGCUGCUGCUGGGCAAUGGCGCUCGGGUCAAUGUUGAGGAUCGCUGGGGCAGCACGCCUCUUGCAGAUGCAAUACACUACAAAAACAAUGAUGUUGUCAAGCUUCUAGAGUCACAUGGAGCAAGACUUCCAAUGGCUCCCAUGCAUGUCCAAAAUGCUCGCGAAAUUCCUGAGUACGAAAUUAAUCCAAAGGAGAUUGACUUCAGUAAUAGUGUGGGCAUAACAAAGGGUACAUUUUGCAUUGCUUCUUGGGGUGGAACUCUGGUUGCUGUUAAGAAAUUUGGUGAGGAGCUCUUCAUGGAUGAAGAGAAAGUCCAAGCAUUUAGGGAUGAGCUUGCUUUACUGCAGAAAAUACGUCACCCAAAUGUUGUUCAAUUUCUUGGGGCUGUUACUCAGAGUAGUCCUAUGAUGAUUGUUACAGAAUAUUUACCCAAGGGAGAUCUUCGUGCAUUUUUGAAGAAAAAAGGUGCACUAAAGCCCAUAAUUGCAGUCAAGUAUGCACUGGAUGUUGCAAGAGGAAUGAACUACUUGCAUGAACAUAAACCUGAAGCUAUAAUCCACAGAGAUCUGGAGCCUUCAAAUAUACUACGGGGUGAUUCUGGACUUCUAAAGGUUGCUGAUUUUGGACUAAGCAAACUUAUGAGAUAUACAAAUGCGAUAAAAGAAGAUAAGCCUUUGACAAGUCAGGAGACUUCGUGGCGAUAUGUAGCUCCAGAAGUUCUUAAGAAUGAGGGAUAUGAUACUAUGGUUGAUGUUUUCUCAUUCGCACUAAUUCUGCAGGAGAUGAUUGAAGGCUGUCCUCCUUACCCAACAAAGCCAGACAUUGAAGUUGCCGAAGUGUAUGCUGCGAAUGAACGUCCACCCUUUAGGGCCCCAGUGAAACUUUAUGCUCAUGGACUCAGAGAGUUAAUUGAAGAGUGUUGGAGUGAGAUUCCCUCUAGAAGACCAAUUUUCAGGCAAAUAAUCUCCAGGCUUGAAGAAAUCCAUCACAUUCUUGCUCGUGCUAGACGUUGGAAGGUACAGAACCUCGCCCUCCCUUACCCCCGUGCUCUUUGUGCACUUAAAUUUACAAUUUUAAGCUCUAGUUACCUAUUCGUAUGCAUAGUUGCUUGAUUACCUGAGUUACUAAUAUAGAAACAGGCUGUCCAGUAAAACACCCAUGAAGAGAUAGGAUGAUAAUAAGUUGAAUUUGUAAAGGUUUACCUGUAAAAGUCUUCUACAGUGAUGCUCAUUAAAAUUUACGCUCCUUUAUUUUGGUCGUGGUUGCAUGUUUUAAUACAUCAAAAAAUUCUUUAUCUUCCU